UAGGCUUUUACUUUGGAGGCCCUUUACCGGAAAUACAAUUGUUGACGCUACAAGCGAGCCAAGAUGGCGGAGUACCUAGCAUCCAUUUUUGGGACAGAAAAAGAUAAGGUGAACUGCUCUUUUUAUUUUAAAAUUGGUGCCUGCCGACAUGGUGACCGCUGCUCUAGAUUACACAAUAAGCCGACAUUUAGCCAGACGAUUGCCCUCCUGAACAUUUACCGGAACCCCCAGAACAGCGCCCAGUCUGUGGACGGCCUGACCUGUACCAUCAGUGACACGGAGAUGCAGGAGCACUAUGAUGAGUUUUUUGAGGAGGUGUUCACAGAGAUGGAAGAAAAGUAUGGCGAAGUGGAGGAAAUGAACGUAUGUGACAACCUCGGUGACCACCUAGUUGGAAACGUGUAUGUGAAGUUUCGUAAAGAGGAGGACGCUGAGAAGGCUGUGAUAGACCUAAACAAUCGGUGGUUUAAUGGACAGCCCAUCCAUGCUGAGCUGUCUCCUGUCACAGACUUUAGAGAAGCCUGCUGUCGCCAGUAUGAGAUCGGGGAAUGCACUCGUGGUGGUUUCUGUAACUUCAUGCAUCUGAAACCCAUCUCACGUGAGCUGAGGAGAGAGCUCUACGGCCGUCGAAGGAAGAGCCGCAUCAGGUCUCGGUCUCGGUCAAGAGACAGGCGGUCUCGCUCGAGGGACAGGGACAGAGACAGGGACAGGGGUCGAGGAGGCGGCCGUGACCAUGAGAGACGUCGCUCCAGAGACAGAGAACGUUCGGGGCGAUUCUGAACUUCGAGCAGUGACUACUUGCCCUCCCUGUGUUCAUCCCUGUCUUUUUUUAAGUUUGUACCCUUGCAGAUCUGUUUUGGGACUAACUGAAAGGUAGCUGUUUCGAAGAUGUGAAUCCACUGAGGAGUUUGGUUUUUCUUGAUUUCUGAAAAUGACUUUCACUUCAUUAAAUUUAAAUUUGUACCAAA